AAAACGAUAAGAAAAUAAGGAGGGAAAAAAAAUGAAAACCGCCGAGAAAUGUCCAUCCUCCUCCGCAAAAACCCACCACCUUUCUCCACUCCCCGCCGGCAUCUCGCCACCGCCCCAUCGCCCCUCCCGACCGAGGUCGCCUCCUUCACCAACCUCGUCCUGAAAUCCGACCGAGAAACCCUAACCAGAACCCUCAACGACCCCAAUCUCCACUGGACCCCACACCUGGUCGACAGGAUCCUCAAGAAACUAUGGAACCACGGCCCCAAAGCCCUCCAAUUCUUCAAAACCCUAGACUACCACCCCAAUUACGCCCACGCCGCGUCCUCCUUCGACAACGUGAUCGACAUCGCCGGCCGUCUCCGAGACUUCCAGACGGUCUGGACCCUCGUCGCGCGAAUGCGGUCUCGCCGGAUUGGCCCGAGCCCCAAGACGUUCGCAAUCAUCGCCGAGAGGUACGUCUCCGCCGGAAAAUCCGAUAGGGCUAUUAAGGUCUUUUUGUCUAUGCGCGAACAUGGCUGCUCUCAGGAUUUGAACUCGUUCAAUUCUGUUCUUGAUGUGCUUUGUAAGUCCGGACGCGUUGAAAUGGCUCAUAAUUUCUUUAGGGCUUAUAGGAGAAAUUUUAGGGUUGAUACUGUUAGUUAUAAUGUAAUUGCAAAUGGGUGGUGUUUGAUUAAGAAGACUCCUAAGGCUUUGGAGGUUUUGGAGGAUAUGGUUAAGAGGGGAUUUAGCCCUAGUUUGAUAACUUAUAAUAUAAUGCUUAAAGGGUAUUUUCGAGCCGGUCAAGUUAAGGAAGCUUGGGAGUUUUUUGGGGAGAUGAAGAGGAGGAAGGUUGAGAUUGAUGUUGUAACUUAUACCACUUUGGUUCAUGGAUUUGGUGUUGUUGGGGAGAUUAAGAAAGCAAGGAGGAUUUUCGACGAGAUGGUCGGGGAAGGGGUGGUUCCUACGGUGGCGACAUACAAUGCUUUGAUUCAGGUUUUGUGCAAGAAAGAUAGCGUCGAGAAUGCCGUGGUUGUUUUCGAGGAGAUGGUGGGGAAGGGCUGCGUGCCUAAUGUGACGACUUAUACGGUGUUGGUUAGGGGGUUGUGUCACGCGGGUCAAAUGGAGAGGUCGAUGGAGUUUGUGGAGAGAAUGAAGGGUGAUGGGUGUGAGCCGAAUGUGCAGAUAUACAAUAUUGUUAUACGUUACUUUUGCGAUGACGGGGAGAUAGAGAAGGCGUUGAGUGUUUUUGAGAAGAUGGGCAACGGUAGUUGCUUGCCUAAUUUGGAUACCUACAAUGUUUUGAUUACCGCCAUGUUUGUGAGGAAGAGAUCUGAUGAUUUGUUGUUGGCUGGGAAGUUGUUGAUUGAGAUGGUUGAUAGAGGAUUUAUUCCCCAAAGGUUGAUUUUCAAUCGGAUUCUGGAUGGGCUUCUGUUAACGGGUAACCAAGGUUUUGCAAGAGAAAUCUUGAGGUUACAAAGCAAAUGCGGUCGUCUUCCGCGUCACUUUAAAUUGUGAGGCUUGUUCUUCUUUAAAUUAGCCUGUGAAAACACUUGAAUGUGAUGGGGAUUCAUUCAUCUGGUCAUGACACGCACCUCACAUAUUUGGCGAGUGAGUUAACACUCUUGUAAUCACAUUGGUUGAACAGAGCUUCAAUGAUGUCCAACUUGAGGUACUUGUUCAUGGAUUGGCUAUAGGAGAGAGUGUAAAUCUUUUCAGUCGUUCAGUGAGUAUGAAGUAGCAUCAUGUCGCACAGGGCAACAGUCAGACCAAGUUAGUCAAUGGUCUGAUCACUCCAAGGUUCCUCCUUGGCUUCUUCUCCGUUAAAUCACAUUGGUUGAACUAGGAACUUCUACGAUGUCCAACUUGUGGUACUUAUGCCUGCUUCUGCAGGCAGUCCCCAAUAGGAGUGGUUAUGUAAAUGCAGAGUUUCAAGUCUUUCCUUUCUUCUGUGAAAAACAUUACAAUGAAGCAGCUUCGUGACUAGGAAUAUAAUACAAGGAAACUGCCAUACCAAGAUGGUUAAUUGGUUCUUUUAUCGCUCUGAGGCUCGGCUUCCUCUUUGCCAUCGCCGUACUUGUUUGAUAAUUCAUAAGCUCGUAUCAGCUUGUUGAACUAACCAUUUACACAAGAAAUAUAUUUAAAUUUUGGCAAUAACUCGCCCGCCCUCUUGAUUAUUACAAUGUUCGAUAGCAGCUUAGAAAUCUUGAAGCGAAACAAGUCUUAAUAGUUUUAUCUUGAGAUUUCUACAUCAGUAUCUUCCUCAAUACAAUUUUCCCUCCAGCGCUUACAGUCACAUGUUGUAACACCCGACGAUAAAUUUGGUUGUGAUGUUGUUCACACUAAAAAAAAAAA